CGCGAACUGGCCGACACUCAUUAGCACAACGUAGCAGAAGUGUAACGGUUUCUCCUUUUGCUAAGAAUCUCGGAAAUUUAAUUAUUACUUUUCACCCGAACUUUUUAAGAAAAUCGUAUCAUCGAAAAGAGCUUUUAGAAAACAUGCCACCAAAAAGAAGAGGACGUCCUCCCAAGGCAAAGCCAGCAGAAACAAAUGAAGGAAAAGAGACACCUAAGAAAAAGCGAGUAAAAGAACCAAGUGACAAAGUGGAAGUUGACGAACCCGUUAGAAAAAGGACAAGAAUUCCUAAAUCAAAGAACCAAAGUUAUGAUGAAACUGAAGAUUAUUCAAACAGUGAAAUUGAACAAAAGGAAAAGGCUGGGAAAAAAAAGGGAGCUAAGAAAGAUACGAAAGCUAAGAAAGAUACGAAAGUCAAGCCCAAAAUCUCAGACGAAAAUACUGAGCCAAUUCAUGAAAAGUAUUUAAGAAUAACAAAUAAAACAGAAACUAAUCUUAAUGAGAUUGAUUUCGACUGUCAUAAAGAAAAUGCUGAUGGUGAGAAGGCAGAUUUGAAAAUUUGUUCAUGGAAUGUUGCUGGCAUUCGAGCGUUGGUAAAGAAAAAAGGGAUGGAAUACUUAUUGAAAGAAGAUGCAGACAUAAUUGCUUUGCAAGAAACAACUUGCGGAGCGUCAGAAAUGCCGCAAGAAGUUAAUCUCGAUGGCUACUAUAGUUAUUAUACUGACAGUGUCAAAAAUGAUUAUUGCGGGGUGGCUUUAUUAUCUAAAGUUCAACCUAUUGGAGUUACGGUUGGUUUACAGGAUGAAGAAUUGGACACCGAAGCAAGAGUAAUGACUGCUGAAUUUGAUACAUUUUAUUUAGUCAAUGUUUAUGUACCAACUGCUGGUCAAAAUUUAGUAACACUACCAAAACGUUUAAAGUUUAAUCAAGCUUUUAAAUGGUAUGUUCAAGGACUUGACAAAAAGAAACCUGUCAUCAUUUGUGGAGAUAUGAACGUUGCCCAUCUUGAGAUUGAUUUAAAAGAUUCUAAAAAUAACAGAAGAAACGCAGGUUAUACUACAGAAGAACGUAAAGAUAUGACUGAACUUUUAGAAUCUGGAUUUGUUGACAGUUUUAGAUUUUUGUAUCCUGAUAAAACUGAUGCUUACACAUACUGGCAUUAUUUUUAUAAUUCUAGAGGAAAAAAUAUUGGAUGGAGACUGGAUUACUUCUUGGUUUCAGAAAGAAUAAAAAAUAAAAUAUGCGAUAUAGUCAAUAGAGACAAAGUUUAUGGUAGUGACCAUUGUCCUGUUAUUUUUUAUGGUAAAUUGUCAUAAGAGAAUAAAACAAAUUAAAUAAAUUAAAUAAAU